AAUAAAUCUAGAUGGUUUAAUUACUCUAUAAAAUGGGUUUUUACUUUUUUCAAUGUCAUAACAGUCACUGCUGGGUUUUCUUUUUUUUUUGUAACUAAGUUUCUUGUGAAGCAAAUAUGCCAAAUAUUUGAUGGUCCCAGCUUUCCCAUGAUGAGCUGCUGAUAUAUUAUUAUUUAAUUUUGUUUCAUUGUAAAUUAAGGAUAUUUUAGAAUAUAGUCUGACAAAAUCUAUUUCGAAAUGCUAACUUGGGAUUUUGGAAAUGCUGGUGGGCUUUUUUAUCUACAAUGUUGUUGUUUAAAAAAAAAAAUAGGCUAAAAGCUCUAUACUAGCAAAUUACAAAGUGACUUGAAAAAUGUGAAAUGUGUAGCUGACCGUUUUAAGAGUUGAGAUUUAAUAGUAAACAUUUAUGUUCAAAUUAAUACUAAAUAUUUAAGGACUUGGGAUGCUAAAAUUCAAAGUUAACCAAGGCUACCACAAUUAUUUUAUUUAAAAUGAAAUAAAUCAAGAAUCGUCUAGGUGCACUACAGCUAAAAUAGGAGUCUCCAACAUGACUGUAGGUGAUGUGGUGACUUAAAGCCUCUGUCACUAUCUUUCAAAACAGAAUGUAUACAUCAAAACAUGCUUGGAUGGCAUCUUUAAAUUAAUUUUAAAAAACAGCACAAGAGUUUUAUUUUCAAGCAACUUUUUGGAGACAAUUAUACAAAUUCACACUACUUUUACAGCUGUAGUCUACACUGCAAACUUGCCAGGGUGACUAAUGUUCUAUGAAUUAAUUGUGAAUUUAGUUUUACAUUCUUGCACCUCCUAGCAGAAUUGUUUUAGUUUCUCCAAACAACUCUUCAUCUGAAUAGAAAAGCAUGCCUUUUUAAAAUGUAUACUAAAUAAGACUGCACAAACGAUCAACCAUAACAAUUUCUAUUACUAAAAAGAGGUCUAAAAAACUUCUAACAUCACUGGAACGUAACACUGGCACCGUGUGACGUUCACGGAAGUGCACAAGCGGCUCUCGCGAUACUUGAGUACAGACGUGGGGUUUUGCAAAUCAAGGGUUGUGGCUGUGGGGUAAGUGACCAUUUCAGCUGAUAACAAAUGGGUACAAAGCGGCUGUAAAAGGCAUCGUUUCUGGCUCUGCGAGGGACUUGUGCUCCGGGUGACACAACAGGAAAACCCUUAAUAUGAGUGAUGACAAACCUUUCCAAUGUACUGCUCCUGGCUGUGGACAGAGAUUUACAAAUGAAGAUCACUUGGCUGUUCACAAACACAAACAUGAGAUGACACUGAAGUUUGGCCCAGCAAGGAAUGAAAGUGUCAUCAUUGCUGACCAAACGCCAACACCUACCCGUUUUUUAAAGAACUGUGAGGAGGUCGGACUCUUCAAUGAACUCGCAAGUCCGUUCGACCAUGACUUCAAAAAAGCAGCUGAAGAUGACAUUAAAAAGUUACCACUGGAUUUGUCACCUCUCGCAACGCCUAUCAUGCGGAGCAAAACUGAGGAACCCACAGCUAUGGAAGCACAUCGAGACAGCCCUCUGCCUCACCCCGAAUCUACGACGAAUGACGACGUGAAGGAUUUAUCUUUGCAGCCAUCCUCACUGCCAACAUCCACUAUAGUCCAUCCUGCAUCCCUCCAAGUUCCCAAUGUACUUCUAGCAACCUCAGAGGCUAGUGUUGUAAUACAGCAAGAUCUCCCGUCACCAACAUCUAGCUCUGUUAUUACCCAAGUCCCAUCCACUAAUAGGCCUAUAGUCCCGGUGUCCGGCACCUUCCCUGUGCUCUUACAGCUGCCUAACGGCCAGACCAUGCCAGUUGCUAUACCUGCAUCUAUUACAAGCUCAAGUAUACAUAUUCCAACUACAAUCCCUCUUGUCAGACCUGUCACCAUAGUGCCUAACAUCCCCGGGAUCCCAGGACCCCCUUCGCCACAGCCACAGCCCGUCCACUCAGAAGAAAAGCUGAAACUGAAAACCACGUUAAGCCAGCAGCUUCCUCAGGUAACCAAUGGAAAUGUUGGUGAAGUCCAGAGCAGCGCUGUAACCCACACUGCUGCUCCCCCUUCUCCUGCUCCGGCAACCCCAACUUCUGUCCCGAUGGCGGUCCUGAGUCCGGCUCCUCACCUGCCCUCAACUGAGGAACCUUCUACCCUCUCCCUUCAGCAGCCAGCCACCUCCACCACAGAGACCCCUGCGUCCCCAGCGCCUCCUGCGCAAAACCCCCCGAGCACAGGAGGUCGGCGGCGCAGAAACACAAGCGAAAACCCCGAUGAGAAGCGGCGCAAAUUCCUAGAGCGUAACAGAGCUGCUGCCUCUCGCUGCAGGCAGAAGAGGAAAGUUUGGGUCCAGUCUCUGGAGAAGAAGUCCGAGGACCUCAACUUGACGAACGGACAACUGCAGAAUGAAGUCACCCUGCUGAGAAACGAAGUGGCUCAGCUGAAGCAGCUUCUUCUGGCUCAUAAAGAUUGCCCUGUAACCGCCAUGCAGAAGAAAUCCGGCUAUCACAUCUCGGAUAAAGACGAGAGCUGCGAGGAGAUGUCCGUCCCCAGCAGCCCCCAGAACGAGGCCAUCCAGCACAGCUCCGUCAGCACCUCCAAUGGAGUCAGCUCCUCCUCCAUGACCCCGGCCGUCUCCGCCUCAUCCAACCAGAGCACAGAGGAGACCCAGCCUUCAGGGAGCUGAUCGCACCAAACCGUGCCCAAGCGUCAAACCUGGAGCCUCGUUGAUCCCUGCAACAAACAGAGGGAUCGGAUUCUCUUCAGUUUGAACCGUGGUGUUUUUAAUUUAUUAAGAUUGCAUUGUUUUUGUUUGGUCCGUUUUGUCCUCCUUUCGCAAUGCUUUUUAAAAAUGCAAAUGUUUUCUUUGGAAUUGAAGAAGACAAAAGAACAGGCACUUUAGGUGUUCGGUGUAAAACACAUGGUUCUGAAAUGUUUUUGUACUUGUGUGGUUUAUUUAUUAAUCUUAUAUUUGUAUUUAUUUAUAAGCGAUCAGCCUUAAAGUUUGAUCUGUGAAUUGUUAGAGACCUUACCAAAGUGUGUUUUGGGUCAUUUGUAAUAAGUUUGCUUGUUUGUUUUCAUGACUUUUAUAAGCACUACCUUUAUGAUGAAGUUACAUAAAGAGCAGUCACUUUUUUUUGUAAUUUGCUUUUCCAAUUUUGCACAUUUUGAGAGAUAAUGGGUUAACCUUUUUAGAGAUUGACAGCCCACAUGUUGUUAAGUACAGGCAGCUUUUUAGAAGUAGAUUUGAAUACUGUCACAUUACACACAUGUAAAUGCCUGAAUCAGAUUUAAGAUUUGACAACUUUUCUGUGAGUGAGAUCAGAUGUAUUCACAUUGUGCGGUUUGAAUGUUUGCACUCACCUCUGCGUGUAAAAAUCGUGUUGAGGUGAGCCGGUUAAAAACGUGUUAUUUCAUUAACAUUCCACGUGUUGUCUGAUUGUUCCUAAAGCAGUGAUUGUAGGAUUGCAGUACAUUUUCCAUUACUCAAUCUUUGUGAUGUUGACUUCAUUCAGUGCCAUUAAUGUUUUUGUAUCUUCCAUACAUUUUUAAUGCAGAUUAGCUCAAACUGAUAGCUGUUCUCUCAGAUUAAGGGUCUCAUGAACAUCUCAAUAAGGAAAUAUCUUGCUUUGUAUCAUUGCGUUAUAGGUUUGUAUGGCUUCAACGCAGAACACUUAAAGAUGUUGUUUCCAUGACUGCAAUGUUCUGACAUUUUUAGAAAACAUUGUAAAUAACAUCAUUGAUA